AUGUAUUAUUGCUUUAAUAUUUCUGACGAAAUUACUGAAGCCACUAUAAGGGAAAUAGAAGAAGAGGUUCAAGUAGAUCUGUAUGAAAUUAUUGCUUUAGGAUGCUAUUCAUCAAAAGUUAACGAUGGUAAUACAUUUGGGAGAGAAGGAAAUAAUCGGAAGAUGAAGGCAAAUAAUACCGACUUCCUUUAUCAAUAUUAUAUUAUUGCCACUACCGUUGUCUUAUGGGAAGCAAGAGAUGUAUUGUUUUUCAUUUUCCCAAAUAUUAAGUCAAUCGCUCUUUCUAGCCUUCAUAAAUAUCUUAUUCAGUAUGCAUCGCUCAUUUUUAAGAGUUUGAUUAAAAUUGUCGCUGUAUGA